UUUGCGUCCACUACAUCCCUCCGCUGCCCCCGGUGCACGGCCUCUGCGACCGACCCGCCGCGCCCACCGUGCCCGCCGUGUCCGCGCUGCUGCCGCUGCACGACACGGGAGACGCCGGUGAUUGGGGAGCCCUGCGGAGAGCUCUCGCGCCCCAGCACCGCCUCGGGAGCCCAGCCCGCCUCGUCGCCCCGGUCCCCGCUGCCUGCCCGGCGCCAUGAGCUGCGUCCUGAACGGCGUCGUGCCCUUGGGGCUGCUGCUGCUGGUCUGCGGGGCCCAGGGCUUCUUCCUGCCCAACGUCACCCACUUGGAGGAGCUGCUCAGUAAAUACCAGCAGGACAGGCCCCACUCCCGGGUCCGGAGGGCCAUUCCCAGGUCGGACAAGGAGGAGAUCCUCAUGCUUCACAACAAGCUGCGGGGCCAGGUGCACCCCCCGGCCUCCAACAUGGAGUACAUGACCUGGGACGAGGAGCUGGAGAGGUCGGCCGCGGCGUGGGCUCACGAGUGCAUCUGGGAGCACGGGCCCACCGGUCUGCUGGUGUCCCUUGGGCAGAACCUGGCCGUCCACUGGGGCAGGUACCGUUCUCCCGGCUUCCACGUGCAGUCCUGGUACGACGAGGUGAAGCACUACACGUACCCCUACCCCCACGAGUGCGACCCCUGGUGUCCGGAGAGGUGCUCCGGGCCCAUGUGCACCCACUACACGCAGAUAGUCUGGGCCGCCACCAACAAGGUCGGCUGUGCUGUGAACACCUGCCCGAGGAUGAACGUGUGGGGAGAUGUCUGGGAGAACGCGGUCUACCUCGUGUGCAAUUACUCUCCAAAGGGGAACUGGAUUGGAGAAGCCCCCUACAAAACCGGCCGGCCCUGCUCCGAGUGCCCGCCCAGCUACGGAGGCGGCUGCAGAAACAACUUGUGUUACCGAGAAGAGACUUUCGUCCCCAAACCCGAAACGGACGAGAUGAACGAGGUGGAGGUGGCUCCCGUCCCGGAAGAGAAGCACGUCUGGGUCCAGCCGAGGGUGACCAGACCCAUGAAGCCCAAGAAAGCGGCCGCGGUGAACUACAUGACCCAAGUUGUCAGCUGUGACACCAAGAUGAAGGACAAGUGCAAAGGGUCCACGUGCAACAGGUACCAGUGCCCAGCGGGCUGCCUGAGCAGCAAGGCGCCGGUGUUCGGAACUCUCUUUUACGAAAGCUCGUCCAGCAUAUGCCGGGCCGCCAUUCACUACGGGAUCCUGGACGCCAAAGGUGGCCUGGUGGACGUCACCAGGAACGGGAAGGUGCCCUUCUUCGUCAGGUCUGAGAGAAACGGCGUGGAGUCUCUGAGCAAGUACAAGCCUUCCAGUUCGUUCAUGGUGUCCAAAGUAAAAGUGCAGGACUUGGACUGUUACACCACCGUUGCUCAGCUCUGCCCGUUCGAGAAGCCGGGGACCCACUGCCCAAGAGUUCAUUGUCCGGCACACUGCAAAGACGAGCCGUCCUACUGGGCUCCCGUGUUUGGAACUAACAUCUACGCAGACACUUCAAGCAUCUGUAAGACGGCCGUGCACGCGGGAGUCAUCGGGCAGGAGAGCGGGGGUUACGUGGAUGUGAUGCCGGUGGACAAAAAGAAGGCCUACGUGGGCUCGCUCAGGAACGGAGUGCAGUCUGAAAGCCUGAGGACCCCUCGCGACGGAAAGGCCUUCCGGAUCUUUGCCGUCAGGCAGUGAAUUCCCAGCGCUGGGAGAAGGGGGCGUCUUCGAGAGGGCUUCAGGGUUUUGCUUUUUACUUUUAUUUUGUCCCUUGGUGGGGGGGGGGGGGGGCCGGGGGGCGGGGGAUGUAGAGAGGCGGGAAACUUCCCGUCAAUGGCGUUCAGUGUCACACCCUUUGUGCCUUUGUCUGAAACCACACGGAGAAACCGCGCCCUUGGGGUCCCGGCCGGACGGCUGGCGCCUGGCCCUGCUGAGGCCGGGGUCUCGGUCCGAGCGCCCCCUCUGCAGGGACAGUCGCCAAGGUGCUCCUUCCCGGUGCUCUUUGGUGGGGGGUGGGGGGGUGGGUGGGGAAGGUUCCAGGCCUGCGGACGUGGCAGGACCCGGAGCUCACGCGGGGAGGUGGGCGGGGGCGGGAAGGGGCUUAGGGAGCAUCCAAAGGGUUUCAGGAAGGGAGUGGAAGGUGGUUAUUUAAAAACUUUGAAAACACAGUCCGUCCCCACCAGUGGAGCAAAAUGGGUUUAAUGUUUGCUGGUCAGACAAGUGGGCCGGAACGAGGGGCCGGGGACGUGAGGCCCGGGCUCGGCCCUGGUCCCCGUCCUCGCCGGCACCCUGCCUCGCACAGGCUGGUUCUGCGGACGGCAGGGCUGGCUUCUUUAGGGUUCCGCAGUAACCCCAGAGAUUUAUCUCGUCUUCGUCCUUCCCUGUGUCCGCGUGGCCCGUCUGUUUGCUGCCGUGACCUUUGGUCUCCUUGAGGACAAAUGAACCAGGAUCCUUUCUUUGCCCCCUCCCCCCCCACCCCCCCCCCCCCCCCCCCCACCCGCCGUGGCCCUCGCCCCAGCCCAGACUGGUUUAUGCACGAUGUUUCCCACCGGGGCUUUGCUUUGCGAGCGGUUCUGUCGGCAGCCCCACCUUUUAAUUUUCUUUUUUUUAAACAAAACUCUUAGCGCCCGUCGGUUCCACUGUUUCGUUGCUGCCCUGAAAAAGUGGCAGUCAGAUGUGCAGAGUCCCCAUCCGUGGGAUGACCCAGUUUUUAGCAGCGGGAGGAAUGGAUUCCUCAGUACAUUCCUCGCCGAGGUUAGCAGCUCUGGGAAGGGGGGGGGGGGGGGGGCGUGUGUGGUUAUGAAACCGUCCUGCGGCAUAACAGCAAAAGAAGUAACACUCUAGAAGGAUUUCUCUUCCUGUUUUUGUGGAACGGCUCUUGCCAGACGUUCCUUCGGCUCUGAGGAGCGUGGGGCUCUCUGGUUUCCACUUUACAAAAGUCCUUCACAAGCCCAGACC